GGCGGUGUUGUUUGAUGGCUUCACUGAGGAGAGUCAAAGUGUUGUUGGUGUUGAACUUGAUCGCGGUGGCCGGCUUCGUGAUAUUUUUGGCUAAGUGCCGGCCUAUCGCGGUGCGCAGCGGAGACGCCUUCCACGAGAUCCGGCCUCGCGCAGAGGUGGCUAACCUCAGCGCGCACAGCGCCAGCCCCAUCCAGGAUGCGGUCCUGAAGCGCCUGUCGCUGCUGGAGGACAUCGUCUACCGGCAGCUUAAUGGGUUAUCCAAGUCCCUUGGGCUCAUCGAAGGGUAUGGUGGGCGGGGUAAAGGGGGUCUUCCUGCCACCCUUUCCCCCUCUGAAGAAGAAAAAGCCAAAGGACCUCAUGAGAAGUAUGGCUACAAUUCCUACCUCAGUGAAAAGAUCUCCUUGGAUCGGUCUAUUCCAGAUUAUCGGCCCACUAAGUGUAAGGAGCUCAAAUACUCCAAGGAGUUGCCCCAGAUAUCCAUCAUCUUCAUCUUCGUGAAUGAGGCCCUGUCCGUGAUCCUGCGGUCGGUCCACAGUGCCGUCAAUCACACACCCACACACCUGCUGAAGGAGAUCAUCCUGGUGGAUGACAACAGUGACGAAGAGGAGCUGAAGGCUCCCUUGGAAGAGUAUGUCCACAAACGCUACCCUGGGCUGGUGAAGGUGGUACGCAAUCAAAAGAGAGAAGGCCUGAUCCGAGCACGCAUCGAGGGCUGGAAGGCGGCCACUGGCCAGGUCACGGGCUUUUUCGAUGCCCAUGUGGAAUUCACUGCUGGCUGGGCCGAGCCGGUUCUGUCCCGCAUCCAGGAAAACCGGAAGCGGGUAAUCCUCCCCUCCAUCGACAACAUCAAGCAGGACAACUUCGAGGUGCAACGCUAUGAGAACUCAGCCCACGGGUACAGCUGGGAGCUGUGGUGCAUGUACAUCAGCCCCCCGAAGGACUGGUGGGACGCCGGAGAUCCCUCUCUCCCCAUCAGGACACCAGCCAUGAUUGGCUGCUCAUUUGUGGUCAACAGGAAAUUCUUUGGUGAAAUUGGUCUGCUGGACCCUGGGAUGGAUGUGUACGGAGGAGAGAAUAUUGAACUUGGAAUCAAGGUGUGGCUCUGUGGUGGCAGCAUGGAGGUCCUUCCAUGCUCCAGGGUGGCCCACAUCGAGCGGAAGAAGAAACCCUAUAACAGUAACAUUGGCUUCUACACCAAGAGGAACGCACUCCGGGUAGCCGAGGUCUGGAUGGACGACUACAAGUCUCACGUCUACAUAGCAUGGAAUCUGCCUCUGGAGAAUCCAGGGAUCGAUAUAGGUGACGUCUCAGAAAGGAAAGCAUUAAGGAAAAGUUUGAAGUGUAAGAAUUUCCAGUGGUACUUGGACCAUGUCUACCCGGAAAUGAGAAGAUACAAUAACACCAUUGCAUACGGGGAGCUUCGUAACAAUAAGGCCAAGGAUGUCUGCCUGGAUCAGGGGCCGCUGGAGAACCACACAGCAAUACUGUACCCAUGCCAUGGCUGGGGACCACAGCUCGCCCGCUAUACCAAGGAAGGCUUCCUGCACCUGGGUGCUCUGGGGACCACCACCCUCCUCCCUGACACCCGCUGCCUGGUGGACAACUCCAAGAGUCGGUUGCCGCAGCUCUUGGACUGUGACAAGGUCAAGAGCAGCUUGUACAAGAGGUGGAACUUCAUCCAGAAUGGAGCCAUCAUGAAUAAGGGCACAGGGCGCUGCCUGGAGGUGGAGAACCGGGGCCUGGCCGGCAUUGACCUCAUCCUCCGAAGCUGUACGGGACAGAGGUGGACGAUCAAGAAUUCCAUCAAGUAGCUGGAAAGAACGAGGGCACGUGGAGCCCAGACCCAGGACAGGGCCUGGCUAUCCUCGGAACCAGCCACCUGGUGGAGAGACAGCAGGCGCCCAGAGGGUGCUCAGUGGACCUCCCAGCGCCCCUCCAGGGCAGCCCUGGAUAAAGAUGCUAAGUCCCUCUCAGGCAUUCAGCCUGUGCACUUUGAAGAUCUCCCCUCACUCUUGUCUGGGAGACCAGGAGCUACAUCUUCUGGGUACCAGGGGGCAAGACUGCUCUUACCUCUCGACCAUAUCAUCUCCCACCCAGCACCAGCAGCUGGGCCUGGCAGGGUCUCUCUCUCCCUCUCCCAAUCCCUCCUUCCUCUUUCGCUCCCUCCCUUCCUCCCUCCCUCCCUUCCUCUCCUCAUUCUUUGCUGCAGCUGCUUGUGAAACUCACCCUGGCCCUCCAAAAACUGGAGGGACACGGGGGUGGGGGGGCUUUAGCCACAUCCUAGCUCCCUCUUGGAGAAGGAGGAAGCAGUGAGACCCCGAGACUUCAUUUCUCCUGAGGACACUUUGGCCCGGAUGCCUGUUUGUAUGCCAAGGCAGCCACCAUCCAGACCUAACCAGCAGGGUGGCUUUGGGACAACAGUUCUGGACUCCUCUGGAUUCUCCUUGAGGUUCCCUGACUCAGCCACCUGGAGUCCUAAAUAGGAACAGCACCUGCCUGUGUCUAGAGGUUGUCAAAGUCAGCUAAGCAUGCAGGAUGCUCUCAGUACCUGGUCAGUACAGCCAGGGACAAGGUGUCCUGGUCUCACGGAGCAGCAAGGGUCUUCCAUGCAGGACAUAAGGGCUGAAGAAUCAGCCUAGCAAAGGGCACAGGGCCCUCCACGAUGCUUAGCGCUCAGUUCGCAUCGCCCCCAUGCUCUGCUGACUGAUGGGGGACAGAAGCAGCAGUUUCCUCUUGUAAGAGUGAUUGCUUCUUUCCAAUUGCCCUCUGGUUAGGGUGCACUUAUAAAUCAGAGUUAAUAUAUGGAUGUGUUUGCAUGCACGGGAAAGCAAGAGUGUGCCUGUCUGGGUGAUGUGUGUGACCGAGUGCUGUGCUUGUGUGCCUAAGCGUGUGAGUGUGCUAGAGAAAAAGUAGCUGUGUGUGGUCUUGGGCUUGUGGCUUCAUUGCUCACUGGAUGGGGAUAAGGAUACCUAGAAGUUUGAGGGGUGGGGUGGACCCAUGUCCCUGGAUCACUGGCCCAGAGGACAUGUCUGGGUCUUGCCUGCUAGGGUAUGCCUUCUCUGUCUCCCCAUCCCCAUCCACUACUGUCCUUGGCCAACUCCUGCCCAGAGCCAAACCCUGUAGGUGCCCAGUGUGGGAUCUGGUGUCUCAUUUGGUGGUUUCUCUAUUGGUGAUCAUCCCUCGUCCCAUCUCCCCUCCUUGUGAAAUAAAUAUGUUAGCAAUCCCACAACGCAAACUUCA